ACCCCCUCCUCAGCAAAGCAAAAACUAACGGUAAAAAGCGAAGGUUUGACGACAUGAGAGAAUGUGUUUUAUUGUUGUACCAUUUCCCGGUGAAAUUACAGUCAAAUUUGAAACAAAAUAAGCCAACUCAAUUCGAAUAGUCGUUCCUCCGGUUGCUCCACGUCGAAAAUGCAGCCACAAGAAGACCCAAAUAUGGCCGAAAACAACAUGGUGGAAAGAAGACACGACGAACCGUGUAAACUUGCCGAACCGGUAGGCCAGAAAGAACACAUGCCGGACAACCACGAAGUGGACCACACGGAAACGGUGAAUUCCACGGAGAAAAUGUCAGAAAAUGACGAUUUGACGGAAGAGGAAGAGAACAAGCUGCUGCAAGCGGAAGAGGACGACUUGGAUGUGAUCGAUUGCUACACGGAAGAUUUUGACAGCGACAUGGAGAACGACUUCUGCCGGAAGGAAAAGCAGAAAAAUGAGGAAACGACGAAGGAAAAGGAGAAAACCAAAGAAGCGAUGCAAGAAAAGGAGAAAAACAAGAAAACGGUUACGAACAGUAAGAAUAUGGAUAAGAUAGAGGAGAAACCCCAAAACAAAACGACAACAGAGGAAGAAGUCAAUCAGCAGAAACCGUCCCCGAAGAAAGUUGCCGCGGAGCUGGAAGAUGAUGAUGACGAAGAUGUAAUCCAGCUUUGUGACGAUAUUUCGGACACAUUUCUUGAAGAUGAUGCCAUCGGCAGUUCGGCAGGUCCGACAAAACCGGAAAUUUCCUCUCAGGCAAAGAUUGAAUCCGAGAAAGCACGAAUUCUCAGUGAACCACUGGUCAAACAGUUGGUCAUACCGGAGAUUUGCGUGUCUGAUGAAGAGGACGACAGAUCGGUAGGUAGCCAGGAAUCGCUGAGCUUGCAAAUUGAUCACUGUGUGGAAAAGGCUGCGGAAUUGAUCAGUGAAGUGGUGGAGAAUGGGCGAGGCAAAACCGAUCCGUCAAAAGCUGGCGGAACGGUUCCGGCGGGUAAAAAUGGAUCGGCGUUGAACGGAAGCAACGCUAGCGAGGGCGGCCUCUACGGGUGUCAUCAGGAGGAUCCGGACGUGUUGAAGUUAAAGCUGGACCUUUACCAAGACAUGGGAGGUAUGGAUUACGAGGCCGAAGAUAAAACGGAAGACGGUGAAAAGUUGACAGUGAUAAGGAUCAAGGAAGAGCCUUGUUCGCCGAGAAAUCUUUUCUCGGAAAAUGAAAUCCCCACCAUUGAAUUGACCUCGACGGACGACGAAGUAGUAACGAUUUCCAUCAGUCCGAAAUCGAAGGUAAAAACCAAACAGAACAAGAAAAGCAAGAAACGGAAGUCUAAGAAGAAAGGAUCCACGGAAUAUGUGGACCUCAGAAUGGAUUCAUCGGAAGAUUCCUUUCCAAUUGUGGUGGAUUCAUCAACGGUUUCGAUUGAUUCCCGGAAUACCGAGAUGCAUUCUGAAGAGUCUGAAAAGGCAAAAGCUUUGCAUAAUCGUAAGGUCACCACAACUCCGGAGGUGAACGGUGUUGGUAAGAAAUCCAAAACUGCGCGAAAGAGAUCUGUAGAUGCUGAUUUGAUCGAACCGCCAGUCAAAAAGAAGAAGAAAGUUGAUCCAGCCAUGAUGGGAUACCAAAAGCGCCGCAGAUCCGUUGGUCGAUCGGCAUCGAAAUCGAGUAUGCUUUCGGUCACGUCGGUUUUGUCAUCGAUUCCGGAUGAGGAUAUGGUUGUGAUUUCGGCGAAUGACGUCUUGCUCGCUGAUCCAUCCAUGAUUGUUACAGGUGAAACGACCAAUAUUGAGAACGAUAAACGACAGAGUGAAUCAACUGACGAGAUAACCGAUGGUAAGUUAGCAAACGAUUCGAAAGAGGAAUUAAUGCACUCGCUAGAUUUGAAGGAAGCUAUUACAAAAGAAUUGGUGCAAGAGGUCUCGCUGAACGGCGACAAGAAUGAGAAUGAGUCGGAUGAGCAUAGCUUCCCAUUGCCAACAACGGAUAUAGCGCUAGAGGACAUGCUUGAGUCAUUUAUCGAUAAAGAAGCGAACAGCAAACAUUCCGAACUAGUUUUCCACUCCAUUUCCCCGGAGGAAAAGUUUUUGAUGGAUUCGCUGUUUGCAGAUUGCGAGAAGCAGUCGCAACAAGUCCCCAGCGAGGAUCACCUGGAAUCCCUCAAAACCAUCAUGGAUGACGGAAAGCCUCUAGUUGAGCCCCAGAAAGUAACGGAACCAAUCGCUAUAAGUUACACAAUUUGCGAUGAAAGUAUUCAGCCGGAAACUGUUCACAUGCAACUGGAGACUUAUGCUCCCGAAGGCGAAUCUGUACCGGAUAUGGCCAAAGGACCAAAAGCUCCGAACAUCAAAAUCAUCCAGAACUACCAGAAAUAUCCAUUCCAAUCUAAACCUCCGAAAAAACAGAAGCUCAAAGAUAACAAUUCCAAUGGCCAACAGCGUAAGGGGCGAGGACGUAAAAAGCGAGAAGUCAAAGAUGACACCGACGAAGAAUAUCUUCCAUCAAAGGUACGCACUCGCAAUCGCGGCUCAAAACCACGAAAGCGUAAAAAUUCAAAACCCCAAUUGGAAGAAGAGGAGCUCAACGUCGUGGAUCAACAACAACACCCGGAGGAUGGACCUCUCAUUUCGGAGCAUUCUCUUCCCAAAUUCGACAACGGAGACGAUGACGACGACGGAACGGCAACUACGUCCACGGUGUGCCGUAACAUGCCAACCCUGGAGGAGGAUUUGGCAAUGACCAGUUCGGAUGAGGGUGAAACGUUCGAGGCUACCAGCAAGGAAUUGAUUACGACGUCGCCGUCGAAAAUUAGCUCAUCCAGUACCGAAGGAAGUGGUGGUGGUACAAAGCUGAACGAUGAUGGGAAAAAGGAGAGAGACGAACGACAACCAAUUCGGAUCACGAAGGAAUCGUUUAAAGUGAUAAGAACUGAUGGCGAUAAUUUGAAGCUCACUCUUUCGGUGCCCAAACGUUGUCGACCUAAGCUGAAAGGUUCCGGUAGUUCUCACCCAGAGUCAAGUAACGCCAAGAACCCCAAGACAGCUGGUGGUGUGGCCAAACGAGGUCGACCGAAGGGCAGUAAGAAUAGAAAGAUUUCUGAUUUCUAUCCUUCAACCAACGAUCGCAAAGAAACAAUUGAACCGAUAGAGGAAUCACACAAAGAAUCUGCCUCACAACAAUCACUAUCGACGAUUGGAAAAGGGGACAAAGUAUCCACCAAGCCGUCACAAAAGCGCAAGCGUAAACGUGUGAUUAGCAGCAGCAACAGUGAAGUUAGUACCGCUACUAUCAGUAACAGCGUGGAUACUGAACCAGAACUACAACUGAGCGCAUCCACUAUCGGGUCGGACACUGAACAAACUGCAGAAGGAGCUAGUUUGGAAACAACCCAAGUCGCUGCCGACAAGAUGGACAAUCUUCAGAUUGUAAUAUCGCCACUUACCGAGGAUAAGAUACGUAAAAUAAACACCCCGCAAAAGUCUAAAGGGCUUACCAAAGCUAGCCAAACGGAAAUUUCCGGCUUGACGUGGUCCAUCGAUCUACACCAGAUAGACUUCCGAUCGGAAUACUUUGAGAAGCUUCGAAUCCUGUUGAACAACGGGGCACGGACCGGUGGUGACCGUUCCUUCAAUGGCGUGGACAUUCCGAGUCGAUCUUCGCUGCAGCGAUGUCUGGUAAUGUCACCUAACCCGAGACAACAACCGGCCCGACCUGUUCCAGAUGGUCACAACAGGAGCUCUGCAGAGGAUUUGUUGUUCCAACGCGCCCUCAAUGAAGUCGAAUUGGGUGCCAACAAUACGGAGGACCGGUCGGCUCGUCAAAGAUUGGAGCGAGUAGUUAACAGCGUACGGUCUACUUUCCGUAUACCGAAGGUGAAGAAGCAGGCUUCUUCAUCACCGCAGGAUGUAACUUCAUCGACGCCGCAUGUUGCGGAACCAGUCUACAGAGAUGAUGAUCUUGGCGUUGAACAGCUUCCCUCAACUUCUCGCUCCGUAGAUCGAUCUCAACAAAGCAACGGGCCGUCCAGCAGUCUGAGACCUCCGGAAACAGCUGGCGUAGUGCAACGGACCAUUACAAACGACUACGUAGAUGAGAAUAGCGAGAACUCGGAUAAUGUCAGCGCCAUGUCGAGAGAACGACAACAAAUCAGACAAAACAUCAUGUUGCAGGACAGAUUUGAGGUGCCGGCAAACCUAAACAUGAAUGCAGGCCGAGUGUAAGUAUGCAACGGCUUUU